GAAGUACUGCUUUCUUCACAGUACGGUGGUCCGAUGCCUCAUGAAUUUUGGUUGGGAAACCACUCACAUCAUUGGUUUGUUGUGCCUGGUAGAACCAAGCAAGGACGAGUUUGGCGCUGUUGUUGCUGUGUUGGUUAUGGCAAGGUUGCUGUAUGUUGUUCUUGUUGACACAGUUGGUUCCAGAAGCUACAAUAAUAGUCUUUACUAGCUAGGAUUGUGUUCGUGUGAACGUUGCUCUGUUCCUGGGAGGGAACGAGUGGCAACUCACCUUUGUGAGGAACACUCCAAAAAGGAAAGGAAACGCAAUAGACGGACUGUGUGUGGAAGGGGCUGGGCGUUCUCCUCUCAUUCAUUGAUGACUGGCGGACUGAUUAACUGAUCAAUCAAAAAGAAAGAGAGAACAAUGACACAACCAACCAAAAGAAGAAUACUAUCCUUCUUCCUCGUGGUGGCACUGUUUGGGUCACAACAACAUCAUUUUGCAAAUGCUUCCAUGAUUCGAGGACCCAAAAGCAGCAAGAAUGACGAAGUGCAAGUGGAAGACUAUAUAGUGAUGCAAAUGGAAAUGGCAUGGGGGAUGAAAGAAAUGAGUCGCUACAUGACACAUCGAGGUCAAUGGCCGACCCGAUCGUCUUCGGCGUCAUUUGAUUCGGAUGAAGAAGAAGGAGAAGACGAUGACUUGUUGGCCAUCAUUCAAGCGAGAAAUGAAGCCAAGGAAGCAGCCGCCAAAGCAAGACAAGAGGAAAUGGCAGCACGGCAAAAACAACAACAAGAACAACAACAACCAAAAGAACAACAACAAGAGCAAGAUGGAUCCAGACUGCGAAGGCACAACCAAAGUGAAAUUGAAGAGGAUCAAGGAUUUCAUACUACUGGUAGUAGUGUUGAUGAUGAAGAUGGGUGGCUCAUAGACGAGGAAAUGGAGCUGAUACUGGAGGCAAGAGCUGCUGCCAGGACAGUAGAGGAAUACUGGGAUACACUGGUGACCAUGUUUUAACUCUUUUAAUGGUUCAUGGGUACCAACUGGUUCUGGACUUGCUAGAGGUAGCAAUUCCGGGCAAGCACCAUCACUUCCUUAUCCCAUCAAACAACCAACCUUUCAGACGAUGCCACCAUCUUCUUCUUUUGCACAACUUCUAUCUUAAUAAUUUUAAUUAACUAACUACGUGUUUCUUAACUGUC